AUGUUAUAUCACCGUUAUUCUCGGAUGUUAUUUAAACAAAUUUCUGACUAUAGAACUGUUUAUAAUCCAUUAAAUGUUAAUGAGAUUAUCCGUUAUAAAUUCUAUGAUAAUUAUGAAGCUAUUACUUAUUUCAUAAAGUAUUUACGUAAACGUGAAUUUAACACUAGAUUAGAACCAAAAAGUUAUUAUAAAGUUAAAAGAAAAGCACCAAGAGGAACACUUAUAAGAAAUGAAGCACCCAAUACAUAUGAUUUUUUUACAUUUCGCUUUCAUGAAUGGUGGAAACGUAAAAAAGAUAAUUUUUAUGAAUAUGUAGAAAAUGAUAAAUAUCAAAAAUAUGUAAAAUAUGGUCCAAAUUUGGCAGCAGCUCUAUUUGUUGUACAAAUGAAUGGUAAAGUAAGAUUUAAAAAUCAUGAUGAAUGGAUAAAUAAAAAGAAUGAAAUUUUUGAAUUAUUAGAAAAAAAUAAUACGAACUAUGUUUUAGAAGAAUUAGAUUUAAAUGGAUAUCCUAUACGAUAUGAACAUUUUCAUUUUAUUUUUAAUCUGUAUUAUUUAAAAUCACUUAGUCUCAGAGGUUGUGAAUCAAUUAAUGACUGGUAUUUAGAUAAAUUGUCUGCAGAAUAUCCAAUGUUAGAAAAACUUGACAUAUCAGAAUGUAAAAAUGUAACGGAAAGAGGAAUAGAAGCAUUAUAUAGAAUGCCUAAUUUAAAAAUAUUAAUUGUAACAAACUUUUAUGGAUCUGCAGCAUUUGACUUAACUUGUUUCAUGUUAGAAGAUGUUAAUCCAUAUUUAACAUGUCAAAUUCAACAACCAAAAUAUAAGUAUUUAUCAAAUACUUAAUAUGUAAAAAAUAAAAAUAAUUUAUAUAAUUAAUAAAUAAUAUAUUUCAUAAAAUUAAAAAAUAUAAUAUUUACAUAUAUAAUUUAAUCAUACAAAGUACAAUAUUUACAUUACAUAAUUUAUACGGAAACUAAGAAUGUUUUAUUAAUUUAUUUUUUUCCCUACGUCGUUUUAGAUAAUAUAAUUCUGCUUUGUUUGUGAUUCCAUAAGUUUUUAUAUUUUCAUUAUCAUUUAUUAAUUUAAUAUUUUCAAAACAUAAAUGAUAUUUUUUCCAAAUAUGUUUCCAACUUAUUUUUUUUUUAAUUUUUUCUCUCUUCAAAGCUAAAUUUGUAUGACGCUUUAUAGCUUUUUUGAGAUCCAAUACUGUAGUAUUAUGUGGCGGUACCUAAAUACAUAAGGAAUUAGGUUAGAAUGACUUAAAAAGAUUUUUGUCUAAAUUAAAUUAUUUUUGAAAUUCUUUAAUAAUUGUUAAAUCUAAUUAAUGUUAUAUACAAAUGAUAUUAAAUAAAUAAUAAUAAAAAUAUAUAUAUAUUUAAAA